AUGACCGCCAUCAAUCAGGAAAUAGCUCAAUAUCAACAAAGGAACCCGGAAGCUGGCAAGCUGGCCACUGAGGCGCAAAGCAUCAUGCGCAACGACACGAUGACACCGAAGGAGAAAAUGGGCAAAUUGCACGAGUUGCGCAACUCGAAUACCGACGCCUCCGUUAAAACCGCCCUGCACGACUUCGAGGAAAAAGUCAAGUCGAUCAUCCACGGAACGGCUAACCAA